AAGCGGGGGCGGAGGGGAUUAGAAUUCUCAAUCAGAAGACGCCAAUGCCUUGUGUGGUUAGAAGAAAAUGCCCCUAUGCCCGGCUUGCCUCUUGGUCCUGGGGGUGGCGUUGGGGGUCUCCGUGCCGGGGGGCUGUUGCGGCUUCCACUCCCUGCAUUAUUUCUACCUGCGACUAUUAGAGCCCAGCCAGGAGCUGCCUCCAUCCUUCCUUAGGGGCUACCUGGAUGACCAGCCCAUCACUCGCUAUGACAGCCUCACCAGGAGGGUGGAACCUCUGGUGUCCUGGAUGGAGGAGCUGGAGAAGGAGACCUUUUUGCCCCUUGAAUGGGUCUUCAGGAGUGAGCUGGAGGAGUUGCCAGGACUCAACCACCUGACUGAUGGGCUUCAUACCUGGCAGGUGAUUUUGGGCUGUGAGUUCAGGGAAGAUGGGAACAAAGAUGGAUUGUUCCGCUAUGGCUACGAUGGGAUGGACUUCAUCAGCUUCAAGGAGGAGACCCUCAGAUGGGUGGCAGCUCAGCCCCAGGCCAGGAAGUUCAAGGAGAAGUGGGAUGAGGAUCCAGAGUGGUCCCACGAAAAUAAAAUCUACCUGGAAGAGACCUGCAUUUUGUGGCUGCAAAGAUACCUGUCCUAUAGGAAGGAAGCUCUGAGGAAGAUAGAACCCCCAGUGGGGAAGGUGACUCGCAGAGUGGUGGAUGACAGCCUGGAGGUCCUCAUCUGCCAGGCCUUUGGCUUCUACCCCAAGGAGAUCCAGGCCACCUGGACGAGGGACGGAGAGAACUGGGAACAAGAGACCUUCCGUAGGAACGUGGCCCCCAACUCGGAUGGGACCUAUUAUGUCUGGAUCAGCAUUGAGAUCGACCCCAAGGAGAGGGACCGUUUUAUGUGCCACCUGGAGCAUGAUGGCUUGCAGGAGCCCCUGGUCUUGGCCUGGAAGGAGGAAACAGCUACAGGAUGGCAGAUUCCUGUGGGAAUUGUAGCAGGCUUAACCUUGGGAGCUGCGAUUCUCUCCCUGAUAUGCUGGUGCUGGAGACGUAGGACAAUUCUCUCUCGGGAAGUGAGGAUUUCACCUCCUGACUUUCCUUUAAAACCAAUGGCUUUGUCUGGUAUUUCUGACACAGAAGAAAUUGUGAUUCAAGCAAGAUCGGCAAUGAGCAUAGAAAUGAAGGUCAGGAUACCCUAUGUACGGUUGAGGUACCAGUUGGAUCGUGAAGACCCUGUGUUAACAUUGCGCAAGCGAGAAGGGAAGGAACAGAGGCUCAAAAGGCCUCUGUCAUGGUCUGGGGACUUGGAGACUGUUGUGGCUCCGUUACCUGAGCCUGUGUCAUCGUCAGGAGAGGACUCCGAGAGUGAAGAAGAGGAGUUGGAAGGCCUCCCUCUCCAGGACACUCCUCUCUGGCAAUGCCUUCGGUGUCCACCGAAGGGCAAGAAAUAGGGCCGGGGCCAAGCACGUCCACGCAGCCACAGGUGGACAGUGAUAAGGGAAAUGAGUCUUGGCUGGAUCCUUGGCAGCGUCGCAGAGAUAAGCAGGUGCAACAGAAGAAAAGGCAUGCCAGAGAUUAAGCUGAGUCACUGGACCACACCCCACAGGGUAUAAAAAGGGGUGAGGUGGCCAUUCAGACUCGGUGACAGACAAAACUAACUACUAUCGAGUCACAUUGCAUCUUUGGAAACAACAUUAUCGGCCUUGGAUUUAUUUUACGAACUGGACAAUUCUUGACUGUGUGUAUUUUGUUUGUGAGUAAAGGUUUUUUGUUUUUUUUUUAAUUUGAUUUAUAUGCCGCCCUUCUCCGGAGACUCAGGGCGUCUUACAAUGUGCUAAGCAAUAGCCUUCAUCCUCAUCAGUUCUUGGCAAGCAGCUACUGGGUUGCUGCCAAGCUUCUUAUUGGAAGAAUUGGUUGUCUGCCAGUUUAUUUAACCCCCGGCUGUCUGUUUGUGUGCGUGUGUGAGACGGGGACAGAACAGAGACCCUGGACAAAUAAGUGUCAAGAUUGAACCAGCUAUCAUGGCCCAAAAGAGAAUAAUCACUGGGCCUGGCUGCAUUCUGAAAGAUACACCGAGCACGACUACCUCUGAUGAAGGAAGAGGAUUAGCAACUUCAAAGUGCCUCCUCCCUGCUGCUUUUUCAUAUUUGUAGCUGAGUCUUGGACAGGAAAGAGAUCCAGGAAGCCUCCCUCUUCCCCACCCCUUUCUCUCCUCUUGAAAUAUUUACGUUGUCAGGUUUUGCUGCUGGUGCUGCUCUUGAGAGUGGGUGGAAGAGAGAGGGCAAAAGGAGAGAGACGGGAGUGGGAAAUGUACCACACCAGGUGCAAUAGAAGGAACCGAGGAAGGUGGCGGCACCUAGGUUGUCUCAGAACAGGAAUUUCGAUGCUAAGAGUGGAGAGACACUUGAACACUGUGGUGCCGGGUCUUCCAAGGUCUCCUCCAUCCCCCGUCCCACUCUUUAUGUAGGAGUCCACUUAAUGACUGACAAAAUCAUUUAACGACCUCAACCAGGAGAGCCGGGAUUGCUGUCGUUGAACGAAGGAUUCUGUUAGGAUGUUGAAUUUAGUAGCUGGAACAGUAAAGUGUCCAAUAGGACAGAACUUCUUCAGAGCUGAAGAAGCUCCUUGGAUGAGAAGCAAAACGUUUUCGAAGAAAAAUCAAGAAAGUCCAGUUGCGUCUUUAAAAAGUACCUUUGGGAGAACUGUGACCUGGAUAAUUGAGAAUCUGCAUAGACAAUAGACGAUUUUACUGGAUUAGUUAGAGAGUGCUGACUCAUGCAUGAGGCAAUAUAUGGUGUAAUUGGUUGCUGUGGAUGUAUUUGUUUGCUUGAUUAUCCAUAGUAUUCUCAGAUGACUUCUCCGACAUCAACGUUCAAAAGCUUCCCUAUAAUGAUAAGUACUCUUCCUAUAUGAAGUGCCAUUCAAAGUGAAAGAAUCAUGGAAUUUUCAGGGCUUGCCUUUAGGGCAGAACCAAUCCACAUGUCUGUUUCUGAUAAACCAAUCAAGAGUGACGUAAAAUACCUCCGAGGCCUCUUGUUAUCUUGUUAUCUCCGAGGCCUCUUGUUAUCUGUGGGGUGCCAUUGCCCCAUUUUUGAGGAUCCUUAAGGAGAAGAGAGGAAGUGAGUGGCCAGAGAUAUUCUCAUGACGUCCUUUCUGCUGUUGUUACUGUUAGAGUUAUAACUCUAGGUCACUCUCUCGACACAUCUCAGAUGGAUCAUUGUAAUGUGCUCUACAUGAAGGUGCCUUUGAAGGGUAUCCAGAAACAUCACCUGAUGUAAAAUGUAGGGACACAAGCAAUUGUGUAUGCAACUAGAUCAGUGUUUCUCAACCUUGGAAGCUUGAAGA